AUGCGGGCGCUACGCACGGCCCUGGCCUUUGCAGCCUGCUGCGCGCUCGCCGCAGCUGCGUCCACCGGAGCCGCGGCGGCACCCGCGGCCGCGGCCAAGGGGCAGCUGCAGAAUGCAGAGCUUUCGCCAGGUGUUCGGAUUGCCUGGUCCGUAGACGAGGCCAGCUCUGUCAUCGACGUCCAAUUCGCAUUUGAUGUGGACGCCAAGCAGCCGCCAGGCUACGUGGCAAUCGGCCUCAGCCAGACGG